AGCGAAGGAUUGCCUUAAAGCCAUCAUGAAGAGAGUAAAUCAUAAAGUUCCCCAUGUUGCUUUGCAGGCACUUACACUUUUAGGAGCCUGUGUAUCAAACUGCGGAAAAAUAUUUCACUUAGAAGUGUGUUCUCGUGAUUUUGCUAGUGAAGCUCGAAGUAUAAUAAAUAAGGCUCAUCCAAAAGUAUGUGAAAAGCUAAAAACUCUGAUGGUGGAGUGGUCUGAAGAAUUUCAGAAAGACCCACAGUGUAGCUUAAUAUCUGCAACUAUUAAAUCUUUAAAAGAAGAAGGUGUAACUUUUCCUGCAGCUGGAUCACAGGCUACCACAAAUGCUGCUAAGAGUGGUUCAUCAUUAAGUAAAAACAAAGAAGAUGAAGAUAUAGCUAAAGCUAUCGAAUUGUCUUUGCAAGAGCAGAAACAGCACCAAAUGGAAACUAAAUCCUUGUACCCAUCUGCAGAAAUUCAGCAAAACAAUCAGAACUCAAGGAAGGUGCGAGCUCUGUAUGACUUUGAAGCCGUCGAGGACAAUGAGCUCACCUUUAAAAGUGGAGAAAUUAUUUUUGUUUUGGAUGACAGUGACACCAAUUGGUGGAAAGGUGAAAAUCAUAGAGGAGUAGGACUGUUUCCAUCUAAUUUUGUGUCUUCUGACUUAAAUGUGGAACCUGAGGCAGCAACUGUGGAUAAAAAUUCUGUUCCUGAGGAUACUACAGAAGAAAUUAAGAAGGCAGAACCUGAGCCAGUUUAUAUAGAUGAGGAUAAGAUGGAUAAAACACUGCAGGUACUUCAGAGUAUAGAUCCUACAGACUUAAAGCUUGAUUCUCCAGAUCUUCUAGACUCAGAAGAUAUUUGUCAACAGAUGGGUCCAAUGAUAGAUGAAAAACUAGAAGAGAUAGAUAGAAAGCAUUCAGAAUUAUCUGAAUUGAAUGUGAAGGUUCUAGAAGCUCUGGAGCUCUAUAACAAACUGAUGAAUGAAACACCGAUGUAUUCAGCCUACUCAAAACUCCACCAUCCUGCACAAUACCCACCUACAUCUUCUGGUGUUUCAGUGCAGUCAUAUCCUGUACAGCCACCUAGUGGAAACUACAUGAUCCAGGGUGUUCACCAGGUCACCAUUUCGCCAGGUUAUAGCCUAGGACCCGAUCAGAUGGGGCAGUUGAGGUCUCUGCCUCAAAGUAUAAAUUCUUCUGGAGCAACUCAGCCAGCUCAAGCUGCAUAUUUAAGCCCAGGACCGGAUUCUGUGUUAAACCAGACGUACGUGAACCAGAACCCUGGCCUUCCGUCAGCUGCCAGCACAGCUGCUUACACCCAGCAGCAGAUGGGAAUGUCAGUGGAUAUGUCGGCUUACCAGAAUAAUACGUCGAGUUUGCCUCAAGGACCAGGUUAUCCUGUGGCCGUUCCUGCUCAUUCCGUUCUACAGCAACAAACAAAUUACCACCAACAGCCUCUCCUUUAAAAACAAACCAGCUCAUAUUUCUGAAUUAAUGAAUAAAAGGUUACCUGACCUAAGGGUUUUUAUGAAUACCUGUCACGGAUAUCAAAAUACAUUUUCCUUUUAAAUAACCCAACUUAGUGCAUUAGAGUGAUGCAGAGUGAAAACAUGCAUCAGAUCUGAUUGUUAAGCAUUUGCGUAAAGAUAGUUUGAACUAGAUUAGCUGGUGGUUUAAAAUAAUUUCAGACUACUCUGAGCCCUUACUUUAGUG